CAUCUCUCAUAUGGUAUUUUUUUAUUAAGAGAGAGUUUAAAAAAUUUAAAAUGGCGUAUAAAUAUUUAAGUAUUUUAGUGCUUGUGUUUGGAUUAUUUAGUAACAAUUUUAAAUUGGCACAAAGUUCAUGUGAAAUUACUCCGGAAUGCCGAGAAAACAUAUUCAGAAAUAUGUUAUUUGCGAGCGACAGUACUGCUGUCUAUGCCGACGAAACCACUAGUUCAGAUAUAUUUUUACCAGAUUAUUUGCUGUCUUCAAUAACGGUACCACAUUAUCCGCUUUAUUUAAUUCAAUUAAAAAAUAAUUUAAUACAAUAUUUAAUGAAACAAAAUUUUAACUACCCAAAAAUAUUAGAAUCAAUCACUCAAACAAUGGCGCACAAAUCACGUGAAGAUAUCGUGAUUGAAACAUUAAUCACACUACGUGAUCUAUUAUCAAGUGAUUGUGCCAUUCGUAGUGAUACAAAUGCAAUGCUGGUUUACUUGUUACAACGUCAUCGGCCGUAUGACGCACGAGAAGAACUUCCUAAUGAGCCAAUGGUUCCUCCGACUUUCUCAACAAUGCCAACUUCAACGUUUCUAAAUAUAUCACCGGCUGCCAAUAAUAAUAAUCUCGUUUUACAAACAGCUCACGAAGAUAAUUUUAUGAAUAUGAAUUCUCCAUCAGCAGCAUCAUUGGCAAGUGUUCAAAUACCCGAUACUGAUAUUAUAAAUGGAAAUUGUAAUAAACUUUCAUGCUCAAAAAUUAUUCAAUUAUUAGAAAAAAUCAUACAAAAAAUGGAUGAACCCAAACAGUACCAAAUAUUUAUUGAUUUUUCAAAAUUAUCUCAAAUUAAUUUCUCCACUGGAACACCUCAAGUUACAUUCGAAUCACCAACAAGACAGCCUAUAGUCGAACCCGAAAGACCGAUUGUUGGUGAAAUACAAAUGGUAUUAUUACCAAUAAGUAAUUUAUUACAAAAAAUUUAUGUAAAAUUGUAUAAUUUCAACCACCCAAGUUUAACAUUGCGCCAGGGUACUGAAGGCCCACCAAUAACGGAUUAUCUAAAAAGUGUGAAAUAUCAUAGUCCAGAAUUUGAUGGUUUUCAAGAUAUAACUGUAUUCGAUAUUCGUGCAGCUAUUUUACCAACGAUUCAUAUAGUUGGAAAAAUUUAUAAAGAGUUAGCAAUAUUAGUUGCGCAAUACUAUAUACCAGGUUAUCCAAUUGAGGAACCAUAUUUAGAUAACCAUAAAUAUUUAACAGAUAUUGCAAGCCGUGAACAAAUUACAGCGUAUACAAUUGUAAAAUCAUUUCAACCGGUUAUGGAUUAUUUAGAUAAAAUUUUAUUGAUCUUAGACAAUGUAGCACGUUUAAAUAUUUUAUAUCCAGGAAAAGUUUCUGAUUUCCCGCAAUUCCAAGAUUUGGUACAAGCACCGAGGCAUGGAAGUCUGUAUUUACAACGGCAUGCACUUUCAUUGUAUGAUCUACAAAAUGCAUUAGUACCAGUAAUUGAUCGUUUAACAAAAAUUUUGGCCACAUUAUAUCGAAUUAAACCAGGAUAUAAAACCGAUACACGAUUUGUGGCGCUAUUCAAUAAUUUGAAAUUAUUCUUAAAACGGAAUAUGAGCUAUUCGGAAGAUUUUCGAUUAGAAAAUGUAAAACCACUAUUAAAUCCAAUUGUUCAAUUAUUGCAAUAUAUUUUAGAAAAACUUGAUGAUUUUAAGCGAACCAUUCGAAGUGCUGGGCCAUUUUUCAAUGAUAUACCAAUACAGGCCACUACGACAAUUAUUGUACCCACCAUCCUACCGACAACGACCCCCACUACAACGACUACAACUACUACUACAACCACCACAACAACCACAACUCCACCCCCACCCCCGAAAUUUGCAUAUUUAAUAGAAAAAUUACCAAAACCUGAAACUGAGGAACAGCAAGAAUAUUAUGUAAUUAUUUCAGCAUUUUUAUCACGAGCCGAUUUAGAAAGACUUAUAGGUAAUUCAAUUGACAUCCAUGCAUAUAAAAAUGAACAUGAUUUAUUAAAAGCAUUAUUUGGGCGAUCAAUUACACUUAAAUUAUCAGCUGCAGAAUUAGCUGCAGUUAAGUAUUAUUUAGAAUACGAAGUGAAGUUAGCACGAUUAAGUCUUGUAACGCACAAAGAGAUUCAUAAACAAUUCGAUUUAUCUGGAAUUAUUUUAGAUACUAUUAACUUACAAACAUUAACUGAUGAACAACGGAUAGCGUUUGAUGAUUUUUUCCAAUUUAUAUUAAAUAUUCAAAAUGACCAAAUGUCUAAAUUCGAAACCUGGACAGAGGCAAAAACAAAAGGUGAAUUCAUGAAAAUACUGUUUGACUACUUCUUAACCGCAUCAUUUGUACCGGAAAAUGUGAAACAUUCCAUCAAAGUUAUUGUACCAACUAUUCAAAUGACUGGGGCAGGCUCACAACCUGUUUGA